AUGGAAGUACAAGUCGUGAAGACCUGCUUGUCCAUGGAGUCAGAUUCAGUUUUAAGUAAACUAUUAGAGCAUUACAGAGCUGCUCCACCAUGCUUAGAUGUGCUUGACAUUUUGUGCUCUCGAUAUCAUAUGCAAAACCGUCCGAAGUCCAUCCUGAAUCCUGCAAGGUUAGGUAACAGUGGUGGUAUUCGAAAUACUCUUGAAGAUCCUUGGGUACGCUUUCAAAUUGAACUGGAGUUUGUUCAGUCUCUUGGCAAUCCAGAUUAUCUUACCUUUUUGGCCCAGCAGGGCUCUUUUGACAAACCGGAGUUUAUAAAUUAUUUGUCCUAUUUGCAGUAUUGGAAAUCUCCGUCGUAUCCCUUUUGCCUGCACAUGCUUGAUCUUCUUCAAUCCCCGGAUUUCCGACGUGAAGUUGCUCAUGAAUCGGUGACUCGAUUUAUUGACGACCAGAUGUUGCUCCACUGGAAAAAUUACUUACCUAAACGAGCUGAAAUGGUUAAUAGGCACGUCCAGAAUCUUGACGCUAUGCCUACACCCGGCGCUGGUCCUUCGAACCCCAAUCAGAAUUACCUUUCCAAACUCUGUAAUUUAAGAAGAUGCCAAUAUUUCGCCCAAGAAGACUGGCUUAUUCAAUUUGAUUCCGGCUCAAGUCACUUUAAGUUUACUGUUAAUCGUGACGAGAGAGUGUCGGGUCACAGUUACCAACCAAACUAUGGCGCCGCAGAGGCACCGACACCAAUGGCCCAGCGGAUAGUCAGAGUGAAUUCGUUUCAGGCUGGUAAUUACUUUAAAUCGCCUUUCAAAAGGGCACGGAGUCUAGGGGUUCCUGAUGUGUAA